AUGACGGUGACUCAUAAGCGGCCUAAUAAGCAACAGGAAACAGAUAAACCGCCUGACUACCAACCGGGAAUCCGCUUCCAUUGCGAUGCAUGCGCUAGGGAUAUUACUCAAUCCGUGCGUAUGAGAUGCGCAGAAACCUCCACUUGCGAAGAGGUCGAUCUUUGCCCACCUUGCUUUUUAGAAGGAAAAACCAUCGGCAAACACAAACCGUGGCAUCCAUACAGAGUCAUCGAACAACACAGCUAUCCGAUAUUUACAGAUGAUUGGGGUGCAGAUGAAGAACUUCUUUUGUUAGAAGGAUGUCAGUUAUAUGGUUUGGGUAAUUGGCUGGACGUUAGCGGCCAUAUCGGCAGCAGAUCCAAAGAGGAGGUUGCAGAUCAUUACCACAAUGUCUACUUGUCUGGCGAUGAUUGCAUGCCGCCUUCAAAUGCGGAUAUUAAAAUUGACUUGGAUACCUUUCACGCAAGGAAAAAGGCUCGAAUAGAAGAAUUACGCAACAAACCGAUCGAAAUCCCCCCUCCAAAGACAAAACCUCUUACAUCCGUACCUACAAAUCAUGAAGUUGGCGGCUUCAUGCCUGGUAGACUUGAGUUUGAGCACGAAAUAGAGAAUGAAGCAGAAGUGUUGAUCAAGGACCUUGAAUUUGGACUAGUACAUGGAUACAAAGGUGAUAGUCUACCUGAUCCUCGCAGACCUGGUAGUACUAGUCGUGUGAAGAUAGAAAAUAGUGAGAGCGGUGAAGCAGAACUACCACCACCUCCACCAAACGAGGAAAUUGUUGAGGAUGAACCUCAUCCAGACUUACAAUUGAAGCUUACAUUGAUGGACAUCUACAAUGGCAGAGUUGAUAAGCGUUUACUUGCAAAAAGGUUCAUCUUUGAUAGAGGUUUACUUCAACAUAAGAAAAUUCAGGCAACGGAAAGGAAACGACCGCGUGAUGAGAAAGAUUUGGUGAAUAGACUUAAGCCGUUUGCUAGGUUGCAGUCUGCACAAGAACACGAGAGGUUUGUUGAUGGCUUAGUCUAUGAAAUGACGUUACGUAAACGCAUUGGUGAACUACAAGAGUAUAGAAGAAUGGGAUUGACUAAUUUGGCAGACGUCGAUUUGUACGAAAAAGACAAAGUGGCAAGAGCAACCUUCAGACCAAUGCCUGGACGUGAACAGUUAUUACAGAAUGGUAGUAGCAAUAGCAUCACUGCUAACAGGAGGGAUUCAAAGAAAUCUGAAGAGUUUUCUAGAGAGUCCACACCAUCCGUUCGUUCAAUAAAGAAGACGCCAACGUCAUUAGCAUCGUCACAAUCGCUCUACUUACUCAAUCAUGAAGAACAAAAGCUUUGUCAGACUUUGAAGAUUCUACCAAAGCCUUACCUUGUUAUUAAGGAGGCAAUAUCAAGGGAAUAUCAUAAAAGAUCAGGUAGAUUGACCAAGGAAGAUGCAACGAAACUGAUAAACGAUGUCGAGAAUUCAAAAAUUGAGGAUAUAUAUAGAUUCUUAUUGAAGAUCGGAUUCUUGAAUGUACACACUUUGAAUAUACCCACUUAA